AUGGCGGUGAAGAUGAUGGGUUGAGGAGAAGGUAAAACGAGGGAGAUAUGAAGUAUACGCAGCCAUGUCUAUAAAUUUACCCCAAUUUAUGCGUGUUACAGUGUCUGCACGGGUAUUUUGAUGUGUUGUGUGUGUGUCCUGUUUCCUCCGAUAAUUUAGGCGUGAAGCAUGUGUGUGCCCCGGCAUCGAAAUUAUAGCAUUAUGGUGCAAAUGAUUGGCCACCCCUAGAGCACUGCAUGCAUGUGUGGCAGUGGUAUGGCAGUCUGCCAGCAUGCUUCCAUUUCUUAUCAAUGGCCUCUGACCUUGGCUUUGAUGCUGAGGCUUCAGCUGUGAUUGGUUUAUUUCCAUGCUAGAUGGUCACUUGAUGUCUUGAUGAAAUGGCCAUGUAGGCAUAUACCGUGGUUUCAGAAGAACAUACUGUUUACAUCUUCAAGGUUGAAGUUAAGUUAGGAUAUAUAGGCAGGUUGGAAGAGAGACCACGGUGUGAGCCUGGGACCUGUCAGACUGAAGCAGGAAUGGACCAUCUUUAGCCUAAAUUGAAGGAGAUAUGAAGCUAGUCUAUAGAACUGGGAGCUGUUGAAUCAAACAAUUCAAUUAUUUUUACCAUAGAGGCAUGUACAUCAACGAUGCUCUACCAUAAUGGCACCGCUCACCUGCUACUGUUGCUACUGUUCCUGCAUGCCAUUCACCAGGCACAGGAUUGUAAAUUAUCAGAGCACAGUGUCAAUCUGCAACCUCAAGAAGUUACCUGCUCUCUGGGAGAGGACUUAUACCAAGAUUCAGUGCAACUGUUGGCGGUCAUCCAAAGGCUUCAGUCACAGUUGCGGCAGCAACACGAGAAACUAGAAUGGGAGAAACAGCGAGGACACCGGUUGCUUGCAUCGAUCAGUGACAGAAAAUUUGUGUGUCUGAGGUCAAGUGACGGAAACCAAGUGGUAGGAAAUGGAUUGCAAUUGGCCGAGGAAUUAGAAAAUGAAAAGAAACAAGAAUUACAAUGGGGUAAACAGCUAGCAAAUGAAGAAAAUCAUUCAUCACAGCUGGCAGCACAUUUAGAAAAAGCAAAAGAGUAUGGAAGGCAAAUGGCCGAGGAAUUAGGAAAUGAAAAGAAACGAGGAUUACAAUUGGAUAAACAGCUUGAGAAUGAAAGGAACCAUUCAUCACAGCUGGCAGCAUAUUUAGAAAAAGCAAAAGAGUUUGGAAGGCAAAUGGCCGAGGAAUUAGAAACUGAAAAGGAACGAGGAUUACAAUUGGAUAAACAGCUUGAGAAUGAAAGAAACCAUUCAUCACAGCUGGCAGCAUAUUUAGAAAAAGAGAGGGAAUAUGGAAGGCAAAUGUCCAAGGAAUUAGAAAAUGAAAAGAAACGAGGAUCACAGUUGGACAAAGAGCUGGAGAAUGAAAAGAAACAUUCGUUACAAUUGGCUGAAGAACUGGAAAGAAAGAACAAGCAAGGAUUUGAGUUGUUUGAAAAAUUGGAAAGUGAAAAAGAACGAAGUCACCAGUUAACUUUAAAACUGCUAGCAAAACAUGAAUAUGAUUUACAAAUGGCUGAAAAUUUACAGAAAGAAAAGCAACUUAGGUCCAAUCUGAUCAAAAAACUAAAUGAAGAUAUAGAAAGUAGACUACAUUUGGCAAAAAGCUUAGAGAAGGAAAUGGGACAUUACUUGAUGCAGCUGGCUACCUUACUGGAAAUUGAGAACAGAGUUAAACUGUCUGAAAAUCUAGCAGAAGUAAGAAACCAGUGUUUGAAAAUGUCUACAGAUCUUGAGAAAGAAAGGGAAAAAUUUAUUGAUUUGACUAAAGAUCUUGAGAGACAGAAGCAGCACAGACUGCUUCUGGCAGAGAGGCGCAGGCGAGGUGCAGCACUUCGGGCUGGCAGAUUGAGACAGUUAGGUGAUCAGCGAUCAGCGGAAAUGCAUCUGUGUGUAGUGGUGGUUGAGCUGCUUCUCGAGAAGGAGAACAACCGCUGCCUGGAGCUGGAACUGCGGUUGCAGAAAGAGAAACUGCAGGCUGCUGAGUUGGAGCACAGAGUGGAAAAGGAAGCCCUGGUCAAUGAAGAGCUGGCAGCCCAUGUUAAGAAAGAACAGAGGCAUGUGCAGGAGACUCUCAUUCAACUUGAAGCAGCCCGCACACUGGUUAUGCAGCUGGAAACAGACCUGCAGAAGGAAAAGGAAUAUGGGCUAGAGCUUGUAACUGACAAGAAGAAACACAAGGGCCAUGCCCAGAUUUUGGAAGUUGAGAAUCGCAACUGUACAGCACAGGUGUCAGCCCUGAAACAGGUGCUCAGUAAUAAAACUCAACACAUCAUGCUACUCACAGCUCGGUUAGAGACAAGAGAAGCUGAGGCAGUGACCGAAGUGCCACCGUCAGACAAAUAUCUGCAGGAGCAGCUACUUGCCACGGUAAGAGAACUGCAGGGAAGGAAGGAGCACCUGAAGGAAUUCCUGCAGUUUCUACAGGCACAUAAACGUGACACUGGCAAGUGGAGCUCCCUGGUAGCUGCUGUGGAGUAUGGAGAACCAGUGGUCCUACAGAUAUUGCUGGAUUCAGGCAGUGAUGCCAAUAUUGCAGACCACACAGGAAAACUGCCACUGUUGCGGGCUGCAGAACUGGGAGAUGUUACAUUAGUUCUGAUGCUUAUUGGAAAUGGAGCAAAGCUGAUGAUUGAAGACAAAGAUGGGCGCUCUGCACUGCAUCAGGCUGCCAAACAGGGGCACACUGAGGUCAUACGCCAUCUUAUCGAUAUUGGUGCAAAUGUAUCAGCAGGAAACAGGUGGUACAGCACACCCCUGCACUAUGCUGCAUGGAAUGGCCACCUGAAUGCCACACGCUUGUUGCUGGAACGGGGUGCUGAUGUGAAUAGCUGGAGUGCAGGUGAUUGGAGGCCUCUGCACAGAGCAGUGCAGGGUGGGCAUACAGAUGUGGCACGGUUCCUUGUGCGCCAUGGUGCAGACUUGACCGCCAUCAACGAGGAUGGACACACAGCAAGAGAAAUGGCUGAAAAUAGGGGCCCUGUGUUUCUGCAUGCCAUCACAGGGAGCGAAUGAAGUCUGAAAGGUGCACAGAAUUGGCCUAAUCCUUCCAGCUGCAUUAUGGCCCUGGAGUCA